AUGGAAUUUGAUCUCUUACUUUUCCUGAAGGAAAUUCAGCUGCAGCACGGCCUGCGUGCGGAGGACUAUGCACGCUACCGCCGCUACACGACAAACCGACUCUCAACGUUGCGUCACCAACUCGGCCUCGUCCAAGACUCCAAAAAAUUUCAGCCGAAAGAAAUUACGCCGCAGACCGCUACACGACCCGAGCAUCUUCAGCUGCUGCUUCUCUGCGCUGAACGCUGCUGGGCUGCGGCGGAGGAGAUGCAAGAAAAUCGCCGUAAUGUGGCACGCAGUGGCGAGAACAAACCUCCGGGUGGUUUCCCACCGAGUGAUCAAUUUCGGAAACGACUUAAUAAAUCUGUCAAGUGGGCCUCAAAGCUGCGCGAGGUGGCACAAACCGUGGCAGGCCCACGGUUAAAGCAAGAGACAAGAAGCUAUGCCUUGGAAGUUAUGGGACGUGCUGCUGCGGCGCAUGGUGCAAUGGCGGAGGCAAAAAAUUUUUUUCUUCGGCGCGCGAGCAGUAUUAUGCCUUGCGUAAGUGCAGCACUCCUGAGCAGUGGAUGCUGCUUCUUACCAAAGCCAAUGAGAUGGAUGACCGGGUGGUGUACUGUAUGCUGCGUCUAG